AUGCUUUUUAAUUUCCAUUUAAUACUAUGUUGCCUGUUUGUUCGUCUAAAUGCCUAAUGGUAAUAACACUAUACAUAUCUGACAUACGAUAAUUUGUUUCUUGAGUCUACAAGCACAACAGCAUACUAUGAAGCAGAAGCAUUUGUUAAAACCACAACACCCCUAUCAACUGCCUAUUUUAUCAAUUGCACAACUCCUUCUACAAGCUACAUUACACUAAACAAAGAUAAUAAUAGUGCUAAAUAAUAUUAUAGUCAAAAUCCGCAAAGUGGGUGCUUUGUUUCCUUUGAUCUAUAUUUUCAUGAUACUUGGUCAAACGAAGCCAUCACCUUCUAAAUUGCAUCGUUUUCCUACACCUAUACUUACACAUCCCCAACAAGUUAUCCUUUGUCAUCAGGAUUUUGUGAUUCCAUUGUUCAUGACGUCAAAACCAUAAAUUUUACAAUACCUUCGGCAUCAUAUGGCUCUAUAACAUUUUCAACAUCUGUGAGUGGGAAUGGAUAAGUAUCAUUAAGAAAUAUCAUGUUUUCUCAAUUUUCUAUAACUUGUUUUCCAUCUUGUUAAUAAUGCACAGGACCAGAAUACAAUUAAUGUACAGCAUGUUAUUAUGGAUCGCCAACCAAUAAUAUUUGCCCCUUAUGCCCUUCAAAUUUAUUCUACAGAUAAAAUUCAGGUUGCAAACAAAAUUGUCAAUUUAAUGUCCAAAAAUAUGUAAAUGGAUUCUGUUCCAGCAGUUAUUGUAAAUAUUGAUAUAAAUUUAGCAUCAUCACUUUUUGGAUCUAGUUUCUACUCUUCUGCAAGUAUUCUCUAAUGUUCUUUGAUUUAUGAUCCUCAGAAUGUUGAUACUACUCCUGGAAUCCAGUACGUUAGAUAUAGCUCUUUGUUUGGAUACUUUAAAUUCAGCUCUGGAUUUUAUAGAUUUAUUAGUUUUUCUGCCAGCUAAUAGAGUAUUUAUUUAAUAGGAUUGAAAUUGGAGCUUUGGAUUUUUAAUGACAUACCAUAAGGAUGUGGUAUAGAAUUUAAAAUUAAUAAUACUUAUUAUGGUUCAAUUUUCUAAACAAAUUCAGGGGUUUAAUCUCAUAAAGUUGAGAUAGAAGGCGUUAACUCCUAAUCUGAUUGUAAUUCAACAUACACUACUUGCCAGUUGUACCAAAUAUAUGGAUACUUUGAUAUUCCUCCAUACUCGUUUUUAUUGUCAGUGAAAGGGAAUUAUACGUAAUAUUAUUUCUCUAUACAAAGAAUUUCACACUCCGCAUGGGGAGUAAGUUAUGUGAGUGUCUCAAAAGGAUAUUGCCCUAGUUCAUGCUCGACUUGCGAAUUACCAUUUGUAUGCCUUACUUGCAUUUCAGGGUAUUAUAAAUAUAGAGAUGGUACUUGCACAUAUUCCUGUUCUUAACCUUAUCAGAAGCUUGUCGGUUCUUAUUGUUAAGAUUAUGAUGAUGAAACUCCUUGUAAUAAUAGUGACUUAUACUAGAUUCUAAAUUUUUGAUUAAAGAGUAUUUAAGUCUUGGAAAUGACCCUGCAUAAUAUUCAAAGUAUACAUUAGUAUUUCAAACAGGUGUUAAUCUCUUGAAAGGCUCAACUAUCUUCUAUUCUUAUUGGAACUACAUGAGAGUUUUCGGAGGUAAAUAUAUUUGGGCUUAGGCUAAAUUUUCAAGAACGUUUAGCAUAACAGCUCCUCAUCACGGUGUCACUAUAGGAUUUUACAUAUUGUAUGGGCCUAACUUCCCUUCAGAUGGUCUCUUUCGAUAUUCAAUUGAUUCUCUCGCAACAGUUGAAAAAUCAUUAAAUGAUGGAUAUACAAUUAAUGAGGACGAAGAUGACGGUACAAAAUAACAGAGAAUUUAUGAGAAAAUAGAUCAUAAUGAGAAUUCAAUUACAAUUACAUGGGAGUGUUUUGGAUCAAAUAAUGAACCUGUAGAAGCAUAUUGUGCUUUUUAUUAUCUUUACAUUGCUGUUCAUUAUUGUUAGCCAUAUUGUUUGGAAUGCACAGAUUAGACUACAUGUACUCUAUGGGAAAGUACGUAUAACUCAAAUGUGAUUAAGUUUACUUAAGCAGAAUGUUAGUCUAAUGAAUAUUACUUUAGACCUUCUCUUACCUGUUUAGAAUGUCCUUAAUCUUGCUUGAGUUGCACUUCUCAAUAAUAUUGUUCAUCCUGUAAAGAUACUUAUACUUUAACAAAAGAAGGGUGUGUUUGUAAUAUAAAUUAAUUCGAGUAAAAUAACUAAUGUAAUGAUUGUCCGAUUGAAUGUAAUUAAUGUUUAAGUUCGACUCAAUGUAUAGAAUGCUUAACAACAAAUAACAGAAGGCUGGUAAAUGAAUAAUGUGUGUGCAUAGAUGGUUAUUAUCCAAUAAUUGGUAGUCCAAUUUGUUUAAUUUGCCACAACUUUUGUGAAACUUGUUUUGGUCCAACAAAUAGUGAUUGUCUAACCUGCAAAAAUAUAAGUAUGAUUUAAUAAGUAGAAUCAACAUGUUCAUGUCCAUUAAAUACAAGUUAUUAAGAGUCAACAAAAUCAUGUAUUUCAUGCCACUUCUCAUGCUAAACAUGCUUUAGAUCAACUGUUAAUGGUUGUCUUACUUGUGAUGCAUUAUAGUUUCGUGUCUUGAAAGGAUUAGAAUGCGUUUGUCAACCUGGAUAUUACGAGAUGAACGAUGCUUGUACAGGUAUUAAAUUAACAUAUCACAUAGCCUGUCCAUUAGAGUUAGAUAAUACUUUGAGUUAAUGUUUUAAAGAAUGUAAUAGUAAUUCAACAAUUUGGCACGUUGAAAUAUGCAAUUCAUGUGAUGAUGGUUUUGUACUUGAAUAUGGUGAAUGUCGGCCUAUUUGUAAUGAUCUUUAAGUGUCAGGAUAUGAAUAAUGCGAAGAUGGAAACAGUUUAUUAGAUGAUAAAUGCUUCAAUUGUUAAUAUUAAUGUCCACUAAAUUGUUUGACUUGUGAUUCAUCUACAAUUCUGCCUUGUCCUGAUGUAUGCGGAGAUGGUUUAAUAACAGGUAAUGAAGAAUGCGAGGAUGGAAAUAAUAUUCAAUAUGAUGGAUGUCACAAUUGUAAAUAUUAAUGUUAACCUUAAUGUACAAAAUGCAUAAAAGGAUUAUGUUAUGAAUGCGCAACAUUCGGAUGGUACAUCGAUCCUACUUAGAGUCCUUGGAUUUGCAAAGAGAAGUGUGGAGAUGGCUUAAUAGUAGGUACUGAAUAAUGCGAAGAUGGAAACUCUAUUGACACAGAUGGAUGCAAAGAUUGCAAAUAUUAUUGCAGACCAGGUUGUAAAUCUUGUGAUUACACAAAUAAAAUAUGCUUGAGUUGUGAAACAGGAUUUAAACCAGUCUCAUACUAUUGCUAGAACAUAUGCGGAGAUGGUUUAAUAGUGACUGAUCCAAAUGGAAUUUAUAUUGAAUAAUGUGAUGAUGGCAAUACUACCUCUGGAGAUGGAUGUUCUAGUACUUGUAAAUUUCAAUGUCAAUCAUCAACUAUUUGCUUAUCUUGUGUUGAGUUAAGAUGCGAGAGUUGUGCUGCAGGGUAUAUACUAACAGCAGACAAGGUUUGCCUACCUGUUUGUGGAGAUUCUGUUAAAGUAACAUCGGAACCUUGUGAAGAUGGAUUAAUACUGCCAUAUUAAGGAUGUUAAAAUUGCAAACCCAAAUGCUAACCUUCUUGCAAAAAUUGUAGUACAACAGGUCUGGGAUGUUUAUCAUGUGAUACUGGAUAUCAAAGAAUAAAGAAUACAUGUCAUCCUAUCUGUGGUGAUAAAUUAAUAACGCAAGAUGAAGAAUGUGAUGACGGUAAUCUAGUUUAUGGAGAUGGAUGUCAUUAAUGUAAAUUCAAUUGCGAAGAUUCUUGUGCAUUCUGUCUCAAAGGCGUUUGUUUAGAUUGUAUAGUAGGAUAUGUAUUAAGUAAAUCAAGGUGUUUUUCAAUUUGUGGAGAUGGAAUCUAAACAGUCAAUGAAUAAUGUGAGAAUGUUGGGGAUAUAGAACCUUUUAAUGCAUGUAAUAAUUGUCAAUUCUAAAAUGGAGAAAAUUGUUAAAUUUUCAACUUUGGUCUCUGUUAGCUUUGUAAAGAAGGAUACGAAUUGUCUCCAAAUUUAUCAUAAUAAUGUAUUAAAUCAUUAGAUUAACCUAAUGGUAUUGUUGAUCAUAGUUUGUUUCCCCUUUAAGAUAAUUGUUUAAAAUGCAAUCUUUAAGCUGAUUAUGAUGAAUUCAACCAAACUUGUAUACUCCAUUAAGAAACAUAAAUCUAUUGUGAAUUGGCUAUGAAAUUAUCUCCAAAUCUCUAUUGCAAUUAUUGUUUUCCAUUGUGCAUUGAAUGUAAUAAUGAAGUUUGCGUUAAAUGCUAAGAGGGCUAUUAUCUAAACUAAAAAGACCAAUGUGUAUCUUAAUGUGGAGAUGGAAUCCUUGCUUUUGAUGAAUAAUGUGAAUUUAAUGAUAAGGAUUGCUAUAGUUGCUAGACUCUGAAACCUUAAUAUUGUAAACAUUUUCAUGAAACUUGUUUAUUAUGUUAAUAUGGCUAUCACCUAGAUGUUGUAAACAAUUCCUGUUACUCAGUUUGUGGGGACAAUCUAGUUGCAUCGAAUGAAGAUUGUGAGGACGGUAAUGAAUUUAAAUAUGAUGGAUGUUAUAAUUGUAAGUAUCAAUGCCAAUUGGAAUGUUUAGAUUGUCAAUUGGGUAAGUGCUUUUAAUGUGAUGAUACACUUGUGUUGAAUUAGUCCAAAAGAAUAUGUGAAGAUUUGAGAUUGUGUGAUGAUAAAUAAGGAUUAUAUUAUGAUGAUUUUACAAAUGGUUGUGUGGCUAGAUGCGGAGAUGGAAUAGUUGCUGGUAAGGAGGAUUGUGAUGAUAACAACACCCAACCCUAUGAUGGUUGUUUUGAGUGCGGUUAUCAAUGUGAUAAGAAUUGCACUAAUUGCUAAAAGGGAAUUUGCUUUGAAUGCCAAUUAGGAUUUCAAUUAAAUCAACAGAAGUGUCAAUCUUAAUGUGGAGAUGGAAUCAAAAAUGGAAAUGAGGAAUGUGAUGAUUAGAAUGAUAUACCUAGAGAUGGGUGUACGUAAUGCAAAGUGGAUCCAAAUUACUAAUGUCAAGAAGAUACCAGUAACCUGAGUUUUUGUUAUAAAUGUCAGGAUCACUGUCUUGAAUGUAAUUACAGAGAUUUGGCAAUUAUUGAAUGUUAGAAAUGUGAGAGUGGAUACUUUCUAAAGGAUAACUCAUGUAAUUAAUGUUCAGAGAAGUGCGAAGAAUGUGAAAAUUCUCCCAAUAAUUGUAAAUAGUGCAUGACACAGGAUUGCUCCACAUGUGACAAUAUCUCAGGCUUAUAUUUAGAUAAAUAAUUAAAAUCAUGUAUUCCUAAAUGUGGCGAUAACAUAAUUGCAGGGAUCGAGUAAUGUGAUGAUGGUAAUAAUAUAGAUAUGGAUGGUUGUAACUCAAAAUGUAGCAUAGAAAAAGAUUUUAUUUGUAAUCAAGGUGUUUGUUUUGAACCACCGAAAAAAUCAAUUGACUUUACUUACAAGAAUUCUACCACUACAAGCGACAUUGAUUUGCUGUUUGGAGAAGUAGAAUUGGAAGGAGUUUGUGAUAAAUUAUAAAUAACCAUAGAAGAAUUCUAAACAAAUGAAUUCAAUUAUUCAGUUUUCAAAAAAUCUGAGGUCGAGGACAAUAAGGUAGGGUGUGAAAUAAGGUUUGACUUCUUCAAGACUAUUUUAGAAUCAAAUCUAAUUCAUUUGCUUGUGCCUUUAGUUGAAGAAUCAAAUAGAAUUCUCAUUGAAGAAUCCAGAGAAAUAGUGAUAGUUCCCAGGAAAAAAGUCUAUUACAAUUAAGAAUAAUAAGCCCAAGCAAAAAGUGUAGUUGCAGCCUCAUCUACAUUUACAUUUUUACUUCAACUAAUUGGGCCACUAACAAUAGUUUUGGGCGGAUUUAAUUUUUUCUGGACCAUUUUAGAUAUUUUGACAUGGAUCAAUAAUUUCUAUUUCCUAAACGUAGACUAUCCUCUAAAUGUCAAGAUGUUUUUUAAUUAAUUAGAAUGGGGCGAUAUAAUCAAUAUCCCAGAUGUCCUAUCAUUAAAUUAACCAGGUGAUGCAUAUUAUUUUGAAGCUCCUCCUAAAUUUGCAGAGAAAGAUGUUAACCCCUUAUUCUUCAAUAAUAUUCAAUUAUUCGUUGCAAUGAUUUUUCUUGUGUUCAUUUUGGAUUUUGUAUCAAGAUUCUAUGUUCACUUGAUCAAUAAUAAAUAUUACAAAAAAUCUUAAACAGUUCAUCAAAUAAAAAUCUUCUCAGUUUAUUAGUAAUCCAAUAUAGAUCCAAGUAUCAAUAAAUCAGAAUAGAUCAUAAAAUAGUUCUCUCAACCUACACAAAAACCUCCACAUAUACUAGAUCUAAUUUAUAAAGAGGCAGUGUGGUUUAAUCAGAAUUUUAGAGCAAAAUUAAUCUAAGUUAUUGGCUUGGUGUUUUUAGAUAUAUGUUUAGCAUGUGUAUUGUAAUUAAAAUAUACAAAGAAUUCAGACUUUGUUAUUAUUAUCAUUAACAUCGCAUUUGCUUAUUUGGGUGUACUAUUUAUAGUAACAGUGUUUAAAUUGUAUAAAUUUGUUUGUUCCCAGCAUCCCAUUCUUUAUGUAAAUAAAUAAUUUUCUUACUAUUAUUCUUCCUUAUAUGAAGGAAUCAACACUAAUAAGAAUUUGGCUAAAAAUUACUGUAUCGUAAAUUUGAUCCGUAAGACCAUGUUUAUCUUCUUUACUGUUUAUUUUUACGAAUUACCUUUGCUCUAAACAUCCUUUUGUUGUUUAUCGUGCUUUUCCAAUUUGGCUUUGAUUCUUUAUGAAAACCCUUUUGAAAAUAAAAAGAUCCUAAUUUAAACAGCCAUUCCAGACAUGUGCAUAUUCAUAAUUAUUUUCUUGACUGUUGUCUUAGCUAUUCAUGAUGUUAGCUAGAUAUUAACAUUUGAUGAAAAGUAUAUGUUAGGCUGGAUUAUUCUAUUUUUCAUAGGCUUCUCUAUAUUUGUACAACUAAUUUUCCUGUUUAAGCAAUUUUAUGAGGAUAUGAAAGAAAGAUAUAAUUCAAUAAAAGAAUUUAUUAGGAAAAAAUAAGAACAGAGCAAAGGAUGA